UGCUCAUUUACCCCGGCUCCUCCUCUAUGAGUCAACCUGCUAUCCUUCCUUAAUAUGACCCUUGAGCAUGUUGAUUGCUGCCAUUUCUUCUCUGCUGCUUGUUUCCGUCACACAUCAGAAGCAAAAUGUCGUCUGGAAUACAAGUUGCGGACGAAGUGAAGACGAUCUUCAACAAAAUGAAAGUCGUGAAAAGUGACACUGCCGAACAGGAUCGUAUAAGAUUGGUGAUAUUUCACAUCGACGGCGACAUUAAAGUGAAGAAACUUUUUCUGCAGAAAGAUCUGGAAGGCAAGGGGGACAUAUUCAAGUACCUCCAGAGUCUGCUGGUCAGCACUGAGUGCAGCUACAUUCUGUACGACUGCCACUUUGAAACCAAGGAAUCAAGUAGAAAAGAGGAACUGGUCUACAUGAUGUGGGCUCCUGAAACUGCCCAAAUCAAAUCUAGAAUGAACUACGCUUCCUCAAAUAGUGCUAUGGAGCGCGUCGUGGAUGGUGUCAAGCAUAAAUUGCAGAUAAAUGACAUGACGGAUAUCGACCGGCUGGAGUUUACAAAAAGACUUGGAGAUGUAAUCAAACUUGAGGGAUACAGUGUUUAAUUACACUUCCCAACAGGCACAAAUGGUGUUCCCCCGGUUUACCAUGAGGUACAUUUAAACAAGCUUGAGAUGAUAGCAAGAUAUCCAAAAUCAACUUUAGUUUUUUUUUGGUAUUGGUCCAACAAAGCUUAAAGGGAAGGUGUGGGCUCUUAGUGGGUUAGCCUCAUGAUAAUAUAUUGCCUGUCACUUUACUCUUGGUACAUCUAUAUUUCUCAAAUCGAAACUUGCUGUUUUUAUCUACAUGCAUACUGUUUGAAUUCCAGCAUAGGCCAGUACUCACCAUUUCCCUUCCUUGUGUUUAUGUCCACUAUAACCAUAUCCUGUCAUAUAUCCCAUGGACACCCUACUGGAGUUCACAAGGUCAAAAUGACUUGGCCUGUAAGUUUAAGAUGCAUCUGUUUUUCUAGACUGUUACACCUAAAAAAAAAAAAAAAAAGAAUA